AUGUCCGGCGUGGGCCCAAAGCUAGCUCGAAGGUCGUCGCAGCGUUCCAACGCUAGCAGCAGGAAGUCUGAUUCUGACGCCAAGUCUGUUGGCGAGAGUACGGCUAGCCUGCUGAAGAAAUAUGGCGUCUGUGAGAGAGUAGCUAUCGGGAAAGGAGCAACUUCCGUCGUCCGCCUUGCUCACAAGUGGGACCGGAGCGAAGAGAAACUCUAUGCUGUUAAGGAGUUCCGCAAGAGACGAAAGAACGAAACAGAGAAGGAGUACGUCAAGAAGCUCACCGCAGAGUUCUGCAUCUCCUCGACGUUGCAUCAUGUCAACAUCGUUGAGACCGUGGAUCUUGUACAAGAUGAGAAUCAGCGUUGGUGUGAAGUGAUGGAAUUUUGCCCUGGAGGAGAUCUUUACGCUGCCAUCAAGAGAGGAGGAAUGUCGCCGAGUGAGGUCGAGUGCUGCUUCAAGCAGAUCUUAUGUGGCGUCGAAUAUCUGCAUAGUCAAGGUGUUGCUCAUCGCGAUAUCAAGCCGGAAAACCUUUUCUUCGAUACCAAGGGUCAUCUGAAGAUCGGUGACUACGGCGCUUCGACUGUUUACCGACUACCAUGGGAGACGUCGAUCCAUAUGUCGACCGGCCUUUGCGGUAGUGAGCCGUACAUCGCCCCUGAGCAGUUCUUGGGCAAACCUUACGACGCUCGACUCGUCGAUAUCUGGGCGUGCGGCAUUGUCUAUUACUGCCUGCACUUCCAAGAGUUGCCGUGGCCCUCGGCCCAGCUCUCCAAUCCUUUAUACGCUGCGUAUGCUGCAGCCUGCGCUUCGUCCAACCCAGCGCAGUCAGCCUGUCCUCCAACGAUCAACAACCUGUCGCCCCGGGCGUGCCGACCUGUCAUCCGGAAGAUGCUAGAACCCGAUCCCAAACAUAGGUCCAGCAUCGAGGAGGUCAUCGCGCACCAGUGGGUGCAGAGCAUCGAGGUCUGCCAUACGAUGGCAAAGCCGAAUCAUGUGCACGUCUACGCACAGCAGCAAGCCCAGGCACAAGUGCAGCUGCUCAGCUGA